AUCAUUGUCUCGUGUGGUUUUGAUCUCCAGCAGCAUCAUGCCUGAACCAGCAAAGUCCGCGCCGAAGAAAGGCUCCAAGAAGGCCGUCACUAAGACCGCCGCGAAAGGCGGAAAGAAGCGCAGAAAGUCCAGGAAGGAGAGUUACGCCAUCUACGUGUACAAAGUGCUGAAGCAGGUUCAUCCUGACACCGGGAUCUCUUCGAAGGCGAUGGGCAUCAUGAACUCUUUCGUCAACGACAUCUUCGAGCGCAUCGCCGGUGAGUCGUCUCGUCUCGCUCACUACAACAAGCGCUCCACCAUCACUUCCCGAGAGAUCCAGACCGCCGUGCGUCUGCUGCUGCCCGGGGAGCUGGCCAAACACGCCGUGUCCGAGGGCACCAAGGCCGUCACCAAGUACACCAGCUCCAAGUAGAGCUCCGUUGCCGCUCAACA